GUUGGAUUCUGCUACCAAAACCAGAAGAGGAAAGAGUGGGAACGCGAUGGAAGCUACGAGCACUAUGACCCCGAGGGCCUCGACUCUGAGAUGGGAAAUUCUUCGGCGCGCCGUUCUUCGUCGACCACCUCCACAACCUGGUUCUUCUCUUCUCCAUCGUUAUGAUCAAUCUCGAAUCGGCAUCAAUCGUAUUUCUAGGAAGACAUCUCACGGCUUUAACUUGAUUCCUCAUCAUCUAAUGGACGGCCACGAUGAACAUUUUUCCGGUUCGGAUCGUUCCAGAGAUGCUCGUAUUUGCUAUACAUUGCCUGUUGAAUCAGCUUCUAAACUGUAUCUUACCCAAAGAGUGGAUGACCGUGCGAACCUCAAUGAUUUUGAGAUCUGUAAUAGAUAUGAUAUUGACAACACUGGGCUUGUUUGUCACUGGCCAUCAGAAGAUAUCCUUGCUUAUUUUUGCUUGUCACACACAGAUAUGUUCAGGUCUAAAAAGGUUAUUGAACUUGGAUCAGGCUAUGGCUUAGCUGGAUUAGUUAUUGCAGCAGUCACUGAUGCAUUAGAAAUUGUAAUAUCAGAUGGAAAUCCUCAAGUUGUUGAUUAUAUUCAGCAUAAUAUUGAUGCCAAUUGUGGAGCAUUUGGUGAUACCAGAGUGAAGUCCAUGACCUUGCACUGGAAUCAAGAAGAAAUCUCAAAUAUCUCUGACACUUACGACAUCAUUGUUGCAAGUGACUGCACUUUCUUCAAGGAAUCUCACAAAGGCCUUGCUCGAACUGUCAAAUUCCUACUGAAAAAUGGACCCUCUGAAGCUAUAUUUCUCAGCCCUAGAAGAGGUGAUUCAUUGGACAAGUUUCUAGAUAUAAUCAAACAGAGUGGCUUGCAUUUCAGCAUAUCCGAAAACUAUGACACACAAGUUUGGAAGCGUCAUCAAGAACUCAUGAAUGGUGAUGACUCCUGGCCCAACUACGAAAUGGAUCAUUGCUACCCAUUAUUGGUCAGAAUAACACACUAAACUUUAGCCCCUGGCUUAAAAAAGGAUCCUUUUCUCAAGCCUUUUUCUUUCCUUAGUUUUCUAAAACUAAGUGGAGAGUUAGGUGCCCAUUGUUUUCCUCAUUAGUAGUGCAUUACACACAGCCGUUCAGAGCUGUUAUUCACUUUGCCUUUUUUGAACCUUCAUGGAGCCAAGUGGUUGGCAUGGGUGUGCGCUAAGUCUUCCUGGAGCACAGGAUUUCCAAUGUGCAGACAUUUAGGGAAGUUAAAAUGCGGUACUGGUGUCUAGUCCUUUAAUGGGUCCCUUGAACUCUGCCGCAGGUCAGUGUUCACAACUGAACAUUGUGUGGGUCCUCUAUUUUAUUGCUUGCCUAUUGGAAAGAUAGCAUACAGUUAUUGGUUUUAAUUGAUCUAAUUUAUUAAUGAUUGUCUUUUUAACUUCAUGUAGGUGAGUGCACUGAAACUUUUUGACAGGAAAGAAGAUUCCUUAUCUUCAUUUGAGCCUUGUAAUUACAUAAUUAAGACCUUUUAGAGAUAGCCGUCCAUGAGUAAACAAAAGACCUUCCACCAAGAGUAUGAUGCAAAAGAAUGUCAAAAGUAAUUUGAUACCCUGUGGAUCAAUUAAUUGUCAAAAGUAAUUAGGGAGUGGGAGGUUUUCCUGCUGCUUUCAGUUUUAUGCCGCAGCUCUUGACCUGCAUUGGCUGGAAUCCUUAGGUAUUACGAAACAAAACAAUAUUCUUAUGA